CUGUAUGUGAGAGGAGGUGAGGAGGUGUAUAAGAGCAGAGACACGGACCAUAUGAGCUCAGACUGACUGACAGAGAAGAACAAGCAGAAGAUCUCUCCAUCACAAGCAAAUAAAGAAAAUGGAUGUCCCAACACCUGCAGACAAGAGGGGACCUCCAAAAUUCAAAGCAAGGAGCAUUCGCACAUUUAAAAGCAAGGCACCCAAGCCCGGUCAGAGGGGUUUUGGUGAUGAUAUUCCCGGGAUGGAGGGUCUUGGCACAGACAUCACGGUGAUCUGCCCCUGGGAAGCGUUUGGAGACAUGGAGCUUAGUGAUCUGGCCAAAUUUGGAAUCUUGUAGUAGUCUUCAUCACCUCCUCCUCUUCCUCGUGUUCACUUUCUGGGUCUCACACCCUUUGACCUGCUGACUUAUCACAAACGUCAUCAUUCACUCACAUGGAUAUGAAACCAGCGACUGAUGACCAGAUGAUUUCCAUCUAACGCAGUACCCCAAAAUUCCAGAGGAUGGAAAAUCAUUUUCCUUUCGUUCAAGUAGGAGAAAGAGAAACGUGACAAUAUCAAUCUGUGAUGAUGAUGUACACAAUAUCUUUUCACCCCCUUACGGAAAUAAACCAUGGUUUUACUACAGUUAAAACAGUUACUCUAGUAAUCAAUACACUCAAAAACAUACAAACAUGGUUAUUACACUUCUCACAAAAAAACAUGGUUUCUUUUCGUAAGGGUCACACUCCUACAAUUGUGUCUAAAUGUAUAUCUUUACAUACAAAUUAACUAUUUUUGUAACUAAAACAACUGUAAUUGUAAAUAUUAUGCAUGUUAGAGAACGGACUAACUUUAUUUUAAGAUGUUCACAAUUAAAAAUUGUGUAAAAAAUAAAGUAACUGUUAUUUACCCAAA